CCUCCAGUCGAUGAACUGGCUCAUUACGGCGGCGCGAUGGACGGAGUCGGAGUUCCCACAUCCAGUACGGAGACCCGCCGCCCCCGACCCCUGCCCCAGGUCCCACCACUGAACCACGGGCCGCCACCGCACCCGACGCAGCACUAUGGAGCCCACGCGCCGCACAACAUCAUGCCCACGAUGGGCAGCGCCGUGAACGACGCGCUGAAGAGGGACAAGGACCAGAUCUACGGACACCCUUUAUUCCCGCUGCUGGCUCUGGUGUUCGAGAAGUGUGAGCUGGCAUGCACGCCCAGAGAGCCCGGGGUUGCGGGAGGUGACGUCUGCUCCUCCGACUCGUUCAAUGAAGACAUAGCCGUGUUUGCAAAGCAGGUAGGAUCCGCGAGAGAAGCCUUUAUUUCCUCCAACCCAGAGCUGUAACUUGGUGAGCACACCAUGAUUCAAGCGAUUCAAGUUUUACGAUUAUAUCCCUGGCAGUUGAGAAGGUUUUCCCCCGCAGUUCAUGAGCUCUGUGAUAACUCUGUUCCCCGGUACAUCAGCUGCCUCAAAGGCAAAAUGCCCAUCGACCUGGUCAUAUGAGGGCGGGACGUCUGCAAGUCGGACUUCGACGCUUCGGGAUCCUCCACGAAACCUCGGGAUCAUAACCCAGCGUCCUGGAGAGACAUGGAUGACGCCCACUCCACACCCUCUGUGGGCACCCCGGGACCAUCCAGCGGGGGACACGUCUCCCAGAGUGGAGACAACACCAGUGAACUCGGAGACGGCCUCGACAACAGUCUAGCAUCACCGGGCACGGGAGACGAGGAUGAUCAAGACAAAAAGAGGCAGAAGAAACGAGGCAUCUUCCCCAAAGUGGCCACAAAUAUAAUGAGAGCAUGGCUCUUCCAGCACCUUACGCACCCGUACCCCUCAGAGGAACAGAAAAAGCAGCUAGCACAAGAUACAGGCCUCACCAUCCUCCAAGUGAACAACUGGUUCAUCAAUGCAAGGAGGCGAAUAGUCCAGCCUAUGAUUGACCAGUCCAACAGAGCAGUAAGUCAGGGUACAGCUUACAGUCCAGAUGGCCAGCCAAUGGGAGGCUUCGUUCUUGAUGGGCAGCAGCACAUGGGUCUCCGACCUGGAGGGCCGAUGGGUGGCAUGGGUAUGAACAUGGGAAUGGACGGGCAGUGGCACUACAUGUAAAUCCACUCCACUGAGGCGAGCCUGAACAACAGGGUGAAGCCUCCAUGGUUGGCUCAGGGAUCUUCUUACAUCUGGCUGUGGAGCUUAGUACGGGACCGACACGUCAAACCCACCUGACCCGUACAGCCAUCCUUGACCACUCCAACAUCACCAUGCCCGAAUCCGCACGGACCGCGCGCGUAGAGGAUCACCAUGGAAACGCCUCACCUCUGCAGGAGGCCGCCGACAAACUUUAACGGAACGGGACACAGAGUGGCUGUGAGCUGAGGAGCUGCGCGGGGAAUGAGAAGACUGAGGACCCGAGAGUGAAGAGAAGCAGUUUGACACACCUCCUCCACCUCCUCCACCACCUUUAAAUUAUUUAUUUAUUUUUCUACAGCGGGUGGAGAGGAGCACGCGGGGACAACGACUCUUUACUCUUGAAUUGUUUUUUAAAGUAACGCUACACCUCUAAAUGUACUCCCCCUCCACGGAAACUGUACGAAGGACACACACACACACACACACACACACACACUCACACACUUUAUAGGACGAAACAAAAACACUGUGGAAAACAUGAGACUCUGUGAGUUGUACGUGUCGUGCUGUAUAGACCUGUGCUCUUGAUUUGCUUGUUUCUCUCCAUGUUUGUGACCACUAGAAGUUAGACUGAGCUUGGACCACUAAUGUGUUUUUUUAAAGUUCUCUGAACGUUUCUUUCUGCUGUCUGAGGAACAGUAACGCGACCUGAUGGAGGAAUGAGUUCCGUUUUUAUUUCUAUGUUUUUUGACAAUGUUUGAAAUCAUUUUAUAGCACCAAAACACAGAGAAGUCUGCACUCCAACCAAAAUAAAAACUUGAUUCAUAAAGACUGAAGCUGGCUGCAGCAGAGUGUUCCGUUCUGUUCUGGAAUCAUUUUAAACCGGAGAGAGAAAGGUCGGUGAAGGCGCUGGAGAAAAUGCUUUAAGCGACAGCAUUAGUUGGUAGAGCAGGUCACGUAGCCGUGCUCCGGUUCGAUAUGAGACGGGAUUGCAGUUGUCUCGCGUUAUUCGAUUGAUGGUGACACGGAUGAUGGAUGACCGGCUGCGAAACUCAAGAAAAGAAAAGCCGAGUGAAGUCUGCGAGGCUGCGGCGGCUUUUACUAAAUGUUGUUGUUUCUGUGUGUGUGUGUGUGUGUGUG